CUGUCUGUCUGUCUGUCUGUCUGUCCGUCUAGCUCUUUUCAGGGUGCAGUAAACUAACAGACUCCAGGAAGAAGGGAUUAUAUUGCAGCGUCAAACUGAACAGAAUUGUGGGGCUCUGUCUGUCUCUCAAAUUUUCACUCCUGUCUAGAAGCGCGCUUGUCUGAUUGUAAUGAAACUCGCUCAGGACCUUCUUUAGCUCGGACUCUAGUGGCCAUCAGUGUCGCACUUGCAUAUCGAGAGAAGUUUGAUUUGAUUUGACGAAACUUGCAAAGUUUCCAGCUGUGGCAAUAGGCUGUGUGUGUCGCUGACCUCAGCCUCUCUGCUCCGCCCCCUCAGCCUGUCUGUCCGUCACUGUGGUUUUGUUUGAGAAUUCGCAGCUUCUGCACUCCUUCCUUUCCUCCCUCGUUCUGAAGCUGGUGGUUCUCUUUUGGGCUGCUUCUCCCAUGAGCCUUUGCAACUAGACGCUUCCUCCCUCCCCUCCCCCCCUAACUUCCUGCUCCACUCCCCAGUCUGCCAGCCAAUCGGGGGCCACAGCCGCCCUCCUCCUCCUUGCUCCCCCUCUCCUCCUCCUCCUCCUCUCUCCCCUGUCCCUCGAUGGAGGACCCUGACGUGGAUUGCACAGCCAGCCUGCUGGCCUCUGUGCGUGAGCAGGAGGUGCAGUUUGAGAGGCUGACCCGUGCGCUCGAGGAAGAGAGACGCGGCACUCAGAGAGGGACGCUCACACGCGAGCAACAGAACGGGAGGGUACCUGGCGAUGCUGGGUUCGAGAGACAGAAAGUCUAUCUGAACGGAUCGCAGCCACAGCAGUACAGCACUCUGACCAGGAUGUUGGACCCGGGCCACUUCGUGGAGGAGACGGUCACGAUGGAGGAGGAUCCCGACCCACCGGCCUCCGUCGUUUCCGUGGAAACGUCGGACGACGGGACCACGCGCAGGACGGAGACCACGGUGAAGAAGGUCGUAAAGACAGUCACGACUCGCACUGUGAUCCCCUCUGUGUCGGUCUCAGACGCCCUCUCCCUGGACGGCUCGAUCCAGGGGGGCAACGGCUUCUCCGGGGGCUCCAUGCAGGGCGGGGGGGGCACGGGGAACGGUGGGGGCUACACGGCCACGCUGGAGCGCAUGUACCGGGGAGGAGGGACCCCCACUCCCGCCCCGCCUGGGGGAAACAUGUACGUGGGACCCCCGGGCACCGCCACCGUACCCCGAAACUACCACUACGCAGACUCCGCAGGGGGUUACCCGCGGGGAGGGGGGGGCUACGGGGAAACCAACAGCUACCGGCCCGGCCCCCCCUCGGAGGCCUACGCCAGCCUCUCGAGAAUGCAGCGCAUGGAUGACAGAUACAGGCCCGCGGAGGGGUACCGCACUCUGGAUGCGGGGUACCGGGCCCCCAGCAGGCAGGCCGACCCGUACGCAGCCCAGCCGCAGGUGCGCAUGGGGAGCAACCUGGAGCUGAGCCGAGGGGGGCACCCCGAAAGAUUCGUCCACGAGCCCUACGGGCUGGAGGAUGACCAGAGGAGUCUGGGAUACGAGGACCUGGACUACGGCCUGGCCCCUGGCCUGGGGGGCUCCCGGGACUACCCCAGCAUGACGCUGAGGAGCACAGGGGGCACGCUGGACCCUCGCCGCAGGCUCAGGAGCUAUGAGGACACCUUGGACAGUGACAUGGGUGGAGGGGACCCCUAUUACUGGAGCAGCAACGCCCCUCUGGCCCAGGCGGAGCGGGGCAGCAUGGCCAGUCUGGACAGCACGCUGCGGAAGGGUGGGGCGCCCCAAAACUGGAGGCAGCCGGAGCUCCCCGAAGUGAUUGCCAUGCUGAACUAUCGACUGGACCCCGUGAAAUCCAACGCAGCCGCCUUCCUACAGCACCUCACCUUCCAGAACGACAAGAUGAAAUCUGACGUCCGUCGUUUGAAGGGGAUCCCUGCUCUGGUCGGCCUCCUGGAUCACCCCAAAAAAGACGUGCACUACAGCGCCUGCGGGGCCCUGAAAAACAUAUCCUUCGGGCGGGAGGGAGAUAACAAGGUGGCGAUCAAGAACUGCGACGGGGUGCCGGCCCUCGUGAGACUGUUGAGGAAAGCGAGAGACCAGGACCUCACUGACUGCAUCACAGGCACCCUGUGGAACCUCUCCUCUCACGACUCUGUGAAGAUGGAGAUCGUGGAUCACGCGCUGCACGCUCUCUCUGACGAGGUCAUGGUGCCGCGGUCGGGGUGGGAGAGGGAGCAGAACGAAGAUUCCAAGCCCAGACACAUAGAGUGGGAGACGGCCCUCACCAACACUGCAGGCUGUCUGAGGAAUGUGAGUUCGGAGCGCAGCGAGGCGCGCAGGAAGCUGAGGGAGUGCAGCGGGCUGGUGGAUGCGCUCAUGUACAUCGUGCAGUCACAGAUCAACCGCCAGGACGUAGACAACAAGCUGGUCGAGAACUGCGUGUGUCUGCUCCGAAACCUGUCCUAUCAGGUACACAAGGAGGUCCCAGGACACGAGCGCUACCAGGAGAACAACGCGCUUCUCGGCCAAUCCUCGAACACCAACGGGACCCAGCGAGCCAGCUGCUUCGGCAGCAAGAAGGGCAAAGACGUGUGGUUUGCUGAAGGAAAGAGUAACACUGAGGAUUACAGCACAGAAGUCAUUGAUAUUCCAAAACGCUCCGCACCGGCAAAAGGGUAUGAGCUGCUGUUCCAGCCUGAGGUCGUGCGCUUGUACACGUCUCUGCUGAAAGAGUCGAAAAACCCUGCGGUGCUGGAGGCCGCUGCUGGAUCUCUGCAGAACCUGUGUGCGGGGAGGUGGACGUAUGGGAGGUAUAUCCGCGCGAUGGUGCGUCAGGAGAAAGGGCUGUCGAGCAUUGCGGAGCUGCUGGAGCACCCCCAGGACAGGGUGGUGAGGGGGGUGUCGGGGGCUCUGAGGAACCUGGCCAUCGACGGGAGGAACAGAGAGCUCAUAGGGAAGCACGCGAUGGCCAAUUUAGUGCGGAACCUUCCAGGAGGGCAGCAGCAGCCAGCGAAGAACCUGAGUGAGGAAACGACCGUGUGUCUGCUGAGCACCAUGAACGAGGUCCUUCUCAACAACCUGGAGGCAGCCAAGAAACUGAGAGAGGCGCAGGGAAUCGAGAAACUGGUGCUGAUCAACAAGGACGGCAAUCGCACAGACAAGGAGGUUCGGGGCGCGGGCCUCGUGCUGCAGACUGUUUGGGGGUUCAAGGAGCUGCGCAAGCCCCUGGAGAAGGAGGGGUGGAAGAAAACGGACUUCAUGGUGAAUCUGAACCCCGCCCCCCGGAGUCAGGGGUAUGAGGACAGCACGCUGCCCCUCAUGGACCGGAGAGCAGGUGAGAAGGGAGACCGAGAAAUGAUUCCCAUGAACGACUUGGGCCCAGAGGCUUAUUCCACUCUGGACCAGCGAGACCGGAACCGGUCCAUUGACUUGUCAGAAAGCGACCACAUGCAGAGGGGUUUGCUCGGAGGCAGUAGUGGUUCUGUGGCUCACCUGGUUGACUCUUAUGAUGAAAAACUAAUAAUCUUUAUCUCGCAGAGAGAUUUAUCAAUCCAAGCCCACUGCCGCUAGACUCUCGCACGAGAGGGAGAGAGUUCCAGUGUAAAAUAACCAAGAAAUCAAUACAAUAAAAUAGAAGCAGAAAGACAGGACUGGAGAUUCCGAAGAGUAGGAGCCAUUCUGUCUUUCAUUCAAGAAGAAAAAUCUGUCUCUCUCUUUCUCCCUCCUUCCUUCGAUCAAUCUAUCCACCCCUCCAAAAAAUCAUCUGAAUACAGCCAUCCGCCCAGGGGCUUGAAACCGGUGAGGUAAUCAGAGGCUGCAGUACCGAAUGCAGCCACCAGAGGGGAGUGUAUCUUUGAUGCAGAAUUGUAGUUUAUAAAAUUAUUAUAAUGGGUUUAAAGAAACUGAUUUUAAAAUGUGUUUUUUUUUUAUUUCUUUUCAUUAUCAAGUAAAAACAAAGGUUCUUCAAAAGUCUGUUUUUGUUUUGACUUUUUUUGCCCACAGUUCCCCCUACUGUUCGUUGUGUGGUAAUGCACAUAAUCUCUCCUCUAUGCGUGGAAGAGCAGUGUCUCUCCUGUAGGGGGCAGCAAAACCUAAAAAAAAAAUAAAAAUAAAAUCAUUUACGUUCGGCAGGAGAGGAUUGGCAAAUUGCUAUUUCAAGAACUCAGUUAACAUUUUAAGAAAGUGUUUUUCUAAAAGAAACAGCAGGAGAAGUUUAAAGAGAGAGAAUGUGUGUAUGUGUGGGGGAUAUUAAAAUUUCAACACAAAGAUCAGUUCACAGUUCGUCGUGCCUCCAGAUCAGAAACUCUGCAUUGUGAGAAUCAAUUUCUUCUCUCUUUCAUUCUCUCAAUUUUAGUUCAUUUAGUCAAACGCCAGGAAAGCAGUGAUGAUCUUGCUUGUGUUUUCUCUACUGGAGAUAUGGGGAGGCUGGGGGGUAUCUGUUUAGAAAGGGAGGGGGGAGACCGAGCUGGUGUACAGACUCUGGGAGGAGCGUUCUUUGUACAUUUUGUGGAGUGAGACAAUCCUUGUGUGUUUGUUUAGUUGUGUGUUUACGAUAGUUUAGAAACCAAACGAACUGCGAUUAUCAUCCUAAUCAAUCAAUCAUUACUAAUUAAACCCUUGUUUUUAGUUCUUUCAAAUUUUGAAGGGGGGGAUUCUAUGUACAAAAUUUAUUUUAAUCCAAACCUCUCCCCCCCAAAAAAACUGGAUUCCUAGUUGCACUUCAAACGACUGUCAGUUUGUGCCAUUUUUCAAUUUUUUUGGUUUUGUUUCCAUAUCUUGUGAUCGGAGUGUUGCCAAAAUACUGUAAAAAUCAUAAUAAACUCAUUGCUGGUGUUGCACUGUUUCUGUACUUUCAAGUGAAUCUGUGGAACAUUCUGUGGGUUUGAGGAGCUCAGUGGUUAAAGAAAGAAAGCGCUGGGCUGCAGUGUGGAAGGCAGUGGGUUUGAGGAGCU